CAAGUGGUGAGCGAGUUCAGAUAGAGUGCGCUUCAGGUCUGAGCUGUAUUUUCUUCUGUUAUGAGAGUGACCCAUUUUGAUAUCUGAUGUGAGCUGACAGUGAAGAAUGUAAAACCAGCCUGUUACAGAGAAAGGAGUGUCUCUGAGAAGACUUUACUGGCAUUGGUGCUGGCACGGCAUAUCCUGGUGUUUGAAUGUCUCAGCCUGUCGUUUCAGUGUGGAUUCUGCAGCCCUCCUCCACCCCAGCCACCUCUAUUCAGUUCAGAGCAGGUUUUCUGCUCAGUUCAUCCCCCAUACCUCAGUCUCCUCCUCCAGGCUACCUCACUGGUGUCCCCAGCUUCUCAGAAGUCUACUCCUCAUCUGAUCCUGCAUCCCUCAUGAACACCAGUGUCUAUACUCCAUGAUAAAAUAAGAUAAUGAUGUCUCAGUUUUGGAAUGCUGCAUUCAGGCUCGGCGUGCUAUGAAGGACCAGUAUGACGUAGGAAAAAGGGAGAGUGUGAUAUUUAAACGCAGAAAGGUGGAGCCUGCCUCUCAUUCAUUCAGCUGCUUGUGACUGCUCUUGUCAGAUCAUGGACUACAUUCAACAGACAACAAAGGGCGACCAUGGCUCUCAUGGGGGCCACUGCCAACUGAAGCUGGUGGACUAUGAGGCUGAUGAAAACCACAUUUCCCAUGAGACUCAGGGGCUCAGCCAAAAGCACCUGGUGGUGCGGCGAGGGAAACCGUUCAAAAUUACGCUGAAGUUCGGUGGUCAGUCGUGGGAUCCGAAUUGGCAUCGUCUGAUCCUGGACGUAAAGAUAGGUGAUUUGUUCGAGAGGAUGAGGGUCCAGCUUCCUGAGGAGUGGCCUAAUCCCCAUAGAUGGUCCGCCAUAAUCGACCGGCACGGCAUGCAUCCACAUUCAGUGACCAUCAACAUCUGCUCUCCUGUUAUGUCCGCAGUAGGUCUUUAUGACCUCUAUCUCCACAUAGAAACCAGACAUGGUAGAAAGAGCUUCGUAGUGGGGGCGUUUAUCCUGCUCUGCAACCCUUGGCACUCAGAUGAUCCUGUGUACAUGCCAAAUGAUGCUGAAAUAGAAGAAUACAUGAAGAGUGACUAUGGGUGGUUGUUCAUGGGAACAGCUCUACACAACAGCAGCAGACCUUGGUCCUUUGGUCAGUAUGAGCCUGGAGUCCUGGAAGCGUGUCUACAGCUGCUGCAGAUCAGUCCACAGCACCUGAGGGACAAAAACGAAGACUACUCUCUCCGAGCAGACCCGGUCUACCUCAGCAGGGUGCUCUGUGCAAUGGUGAAUAGUGCUGAUGACGACCGGGGGAUUCUGUUGGGGAAGUGGCAGGGCAGCUAUGCGGAUGGUGUCAAGCCUACAGAUUGGAGCGGCAGUGCUGACAUCCUCAAUCAGUGGAUCUCUUCAGAAUACAAACCUGUACGUUACGGACAGUGCUGGGUCUUUGCUUCAGUCCUCUGCACAGUGAUGAGAGCACUUGGCAUUCCCUCCAGGGUGGUCACAGUAUUUAAUGCAGCCCACGAUGGAGAUUGCAGCUUGUCAGUAGAAGAAUAUUACUCAACCACAGGGGAAAAGCUCAACCUCUCAAGGGACAGUGUUUGGAACUUCCAUGUAUGGGUGGAGUCCUGGAUGAGACGACUAGACCUCAGUCCUGAGUUUAAUGGCUGGCAGGUUGUGGACCCGACUCCACAGGAGAAGAGUGCAGGGAUUUACCGCUGUGGCCCUUGCCCAGUUGCUGCCGUCAAGCAGCGUGUCCUCAGAACCCCAUUCGACACACCAUUCCUCCAUGCCGCAGUUAACGCUGACAUAAUACGUCUAAUCGUGCGUGAUGGACAGGUGGUGGGGAGGAAGGUGGACAGUGAGACAGUGGGACAGCUGAUCUACACCAAGAGUGUCGGCUCAGACAGACCAGAGGAUCUCACACCUGCUUACAAGGAUAUCAAGGAUGAGAACAACUUUUUCGGUUGUUCAAUAAGUACAUCCCACGGAGGGGGCGGCGGCCCUGGAGAUAUGAUGAUGCGGUCAUGCCAGAGUGGGGGCGGCGGCCCUGGAGAUAUGAUGAUGUGGUCAUGCCAGAGUGGGGGCGGCGGCCCUGGAGAUAUGAUGAUGCGGUCAUGCCAGAGUGGAGGACCUUCAGCUCCAGAAGACUCUUCAAGUCUGGAGGUGUCCCUCAACAUAGAAGGGGUGCCGUCGGUGGGUGACGGUAUCACCUUGACUGUGACGAUCACAAGCCAUUUUUAUGCCCCGCGAGUCCUGAUAGAACACGUUAACGCUCAGCUUAAAGAGUUUAACAGCGGCCCGCAACAGAGCUUCUGGAAAACGAGCAAAAAAGUGCACAUGGAGACCGGAGGAGAUUUGAAGCUUAGCCACGUCAUCCCUCCCUCCACGUAUGAGGCGUGCCUGGCAGGUGAUGACAUUGUGAAUGUCGCAGUGGUGAUAACAGAUGAAGAGAGUGAUGAAAAAGCCCUGGCUGCACAGGAGUUUAGCUUGAGCUCACCACAGAUAACAAUAGAGAUUGAAGGAGGGGACACCAUCAAGCAAAAAGAGAAGCAAACAGCCAAGGUUUCCUUCGUCAACACGUUUUCCAAACCUCUGAAUGGAGCAGUGCUGACGGUGGAGGGAUCUGGUUUGUUGCAGGGCAAACAAGAGGCCAGACUUGCUCUUCUGAAGCCUGGUGAGAAGAUAGAGAAGCAGGUGUCCAUCGAGGCAUCCUCUCCUGGAACCAAAGUCUUGAUGGCCACUUUCUCACACAGCGACUGCCCCAGUGUCGUUUCCAGAUGUUACCACAAAGUGUCCGUCAAGAAUUAGUAACACUGAAAAACAUUUGUGAACAUAUCUCAGGAAAAGAUUUUCUGUUUUGUUCUGGCUGAAGUGGGUUUUCUGGUGCAACUUCACCAGCUUCCAUGGUGCAUGGAGGAUGAAUAAAUCUUAAGGGAAAGGGAAAUCUCCAGUGAUGCUUGCAGUUUAGAAAACAACUUUAUUCAACUGAUGUGUUUCAACACUUUGGUCUGAUAAAGUUGUUCUCUAAACUAUAAGUGUCGCUGGAGAUUCGUCUUUUUUUCAGUUCUUAUAUUCUUGAUGUUUUCUUGUUUCAUGUUUGAUCUUCUCAUAAGAAGCACUUCUCUCAACCUUGUUUGUGUUAAAUGUGCUGCUGUCAUAAAGUUGACUGACUAUUAUUCAAGCACAUUCAGAAAGUAUUACAGUAAGAAAAGAUGGGGAUUCUGUAAAAACAAAAAAUAAACAUUAAUCACAAAU